AUGUCUGGAAACGCUAAACGAGGUGGUAGAGGUGGUAGACAAACACGUAGUUCAAGCUGUAAUUCCCAAGCAGGUGGAAGUAGGCCAACUAGUCCUGAAAAUCAGUUUACCUUUAGUGCACCGAAGGAAACUGCUACUCAUCAAGAGAGUAUUUGGAAAACUUAUCAGAAAAAGCCGCAACCAACGUCUGAUAAAAAGAUGACAGAAGCCAUGGAAGCUGAACGGAAAGCUACUGAAAAGUCCAAAGCGGUCGCAAAAGAAUUGUCACGUAACCCUCCUUUACCUCCGCAGAAUAUUGUGAACAACGUGAAUGGAACCAAUAAGGUUCCAACUCUUAACAAAGAAAUUGUUUCAAAUCCUCAUAAGGAUCAACAACAAUCUGUUGUUUUGCCUAAUCAGGAUAAGACUAAUCUGCAAGCCGAUCAAGGGUCCCAGCCCAUGGAUGUUGAUCCUAGUAAUCUUAACAAAGACCCGUCAAUCAUCACUAUAGAAAAAGUUAAAGAACAUAUUGCACUUGUUCCAUAUGGUGAACUUAUUGGAGGAAAAGGUUUAAAAACUAUUAAAAUUAAAAAGGCGCUACAAACCUAUAAUAUCCAGUAUAACAAACAACUUCCAGUUACCCCGUUAGGUAAACAAAGAGUAAAGGUAUCAUUUUUGGAUAAAGAAAAAUUUGACCAAUUUCUUAAAAUGGAACUUGUUAUUCAGGAGCAAAAAGAAGGUGAUUCGGGUGAAGUGUUUAAUGUGAAACUUCAACCUACCCCAUUGAAGCCUGAGAAGGUGGCUACUACAAAUGAUAAGAAUAGUGAUACGUCACAAAAUUCUAAUAGUCGUACAAUUCAAGUGAUCGACAUUCCUGCGUAUAGGCAGGUACGUGAAAUUCGUGAGUCCUUUGAAGAUCUUGGUGAAAUUGAGAAAAUUUAUACGCGAGGUGCUGGUCUUUACCAAGUUGCUUUCAUUACGUAUAAGGAUGCUAAUUCUAUUGAUUAUUUUAAUGAACAAUAG